UGUAGUUUGUGAUUGUCAGAGUUUGGCUUGCUUACGCUCUGAACUUUUAGUUGCAAAUGCAUUAUUUGCUUAUUUUAUAAAGGACAACCUAAUGUAAAUAAAAAUAACGUCAUAAGCGAAACUGAAACUUACUUUACAAAAUGGAUUUAAUAUACUCAAUGAGGCGAAAGCCUCUGAAUUGUGAGCCGCCACAUUUCGAAAGUGUAACAGACCAUGAAGUGGUCCGUCCAAUCUGCACAAUUUCAACAUGCAACAUCAUUGCGUUCUCUUCCCCCACGGAGCUGAAUGACACGGAGGGGGACACAUGGGGUGGACAUGUGUAUGUGUGUGACCUCGACACUCCGUGGGACAGUCACAGGGUUACAGGGAGUGCUUAUCCUAUAUCAGUCCUAGAAUGGGACAUAGAAGGCAAGCAGCUACUGGUGGCGAACACAGUAGGAGAGGUGUCUGUGUUCACACAGAAGGACUACCUGCUCAACGAGUGGACCUGCAUCUACACUGCUAGCUUCCCAGGUGAACACAUAAUCGGCGCGUCGUUCUUCCACAACGGACGUCGCACUGUGAUGGUGGACAAGAAGCCAGACGCUCCCAUCUCUGAGCGGAUACAGAUGCUGAGAUGUGCGCCCACGCUCAAGGGAUUCGGCGGCGUGGCGAGUGAGGGCGCGUGUAUAGUGACCGCGACGGGCCUGGUGGGGGCACUCACUCCCCCCGCGGAGGGCACGCGCGCCACUGUCACCACUGACUGUCUGCGACCUACUAGGGAUCAUAUCACUGCUGUCAGCAUCGCGCACAAGAACGGCAGCCUGGCCGUGGCGAUGGUGUGUCGCGGGGGCGGGGGCGGGGGCGGGGGCGCGGGCGCGGGCGGGGGCGGGGGCGCGCGGCGUUGGUGCGUGCGCGUGGUGUGCGUGUGCGUGGCGAGCGCGGCGCUGCGCCUGGAGCCGCUGCCCACCAUCUACCUGCCGCCGCAGGACGCGCAGCCCGUUUCGAUAUCAUGGUGCGGCCGCGAGGAGUGCGACUCGCUACUGGUGGCCGGGGCGGCGCUAUCUCUUUGGAAGUGCACUGAGAGAGCUCACCAAGUACACAAGUUGUUUGCUAAAGGUCCUCUACAAGGCAGUACUACACCUGGAGGUGGCCCCAAACCUGGUCUAGAUUGCUUCAGUACUCUCGUAAGCGUGGCAUUACACCUGCUCGCCCGCGACACGCACCACUACAUAUGCAGUCGUGCAGUGGUAACUACUGGCGGCCUGUCCGCGGUGGAGGCAGCCUCCACGCCGCCCAAGAAAACUAAAUAUGGACCCAAUGGUGCACCGGGCGGGGCGGGGUGCGCGAUAGUGUCGUGCGUGGAGAUGUCGCACCUGGGCGGCGUACUAGUGGCCGUGGACACUCACGCCCAGCUGCACGUCUACCGCCUGCCGCAGCCCGCCGCCGACAUACCGACCCCGCUAGCAGUGCAGCUAGCUACCGGAGUACUGGAGUGGGCGCUGGUGGCGGGCCGGGACCCGCUCGACGUGCUGCUGGCCGCCGCGCCCAGCCACAAUGUACUCGAGCUGCUCUAUGAGAGGAUAACGGAGUCGUUCCAGCGACAACCGCCCGCCUUCCAGCAGUACUACUAUCAUAAUUGGUUGAAACUCAGGAUAGCGCUUUGCAGAAUGAUCCCAGGCGGCCAGAGCAGUGCGUCGUGGCUGACGUGCCUGCAGGCGCUGCAGGCGGGCUGGGCGGCCGUGUCGCUGGCGCUGCGCCCCGACGACAAGCCCGACGCCGGCGUGCUCGGGGCCUUGCUGGACGACCACGCACAUGACCACGAGAAGAGCCUGCUGGCCCUGGAGUCGAAGCCGGAGGCAGUGGUGGAGGCGGCGGGGCUGCAGCCGCUGCGGCGCUGCAUCCAGCGCGCGCUGGACAUCGGCCUCACCGCGCUGCUCGCCCUGGCCGCGCCGCACCAUCACCACUCUUACGAGGUGGUGUCGGACGGCGCGGCGGUGUCCCUGCUGCGGCGGCUGGCGGGGCUGGCGCGCGCGGCCCGGCCCGCGCCGCGCGCCGCCGACCUGCUGGCGCGCCCGCUCGCCCGCCUGGCCUCCGCGCCGCCGCCGCCCGUGCCGCCCAAACAGGAUCUACUGGAGGAGUGCGCGCUGCUAGGCACGCAAUGGACGGGCGCGCGCGUGUGGGAGUCGCUGCCGCGCUGCGCCGUGUCCGCGCCGCAUGGCAAGCAAUGGCCGCUAUACUUGGAGUAUGGUGUGGAGCCUGAAGCGUUGCGAUACAAUCCUGACCCACCAGUUUACGCACAAUGCGAGACAACACCUUCCAUUACUAUGGAUGCAAUACGCUACAUGUAUGUAGGCGGUGGUCUUCGACCAGCUCGAUGGCGACAGUGUGGUCGCUGCGGUUCACGCGCUCUCGCCGCUUCGCAACCAAACAAGCAUCCGCUGCAGAGCGCUUAUGAUGGACGGUUUCUGGCUGACUGCAGAUGCGGUGGAAAAUGGACCUUAUUCUCAAAUAUAUAAGACUCUCACUAGUUUGUAAGCUAUAAAAAUAGCUAAGAUUUUGAGAUAUUGUUGUUGUAAAUGUAAAUAAAUUAUUUUAUACUUUGA